AAUUAGGUUAAAAGGACCAAGCUAAGUUUAUUGGCGGGAACCUGUUUCGCGAGACGGAUGAUCUGGAACUGGAUAGUAACAUCAUCGAAAACUUCAGUGAAGCACGAAACUUUUACGCCGUUUCCGUCUCUUUCUACGUCGUCGGAUUCUCCGAUUUGGUCGGCGAUGUUCACCUGAGCAACGGAUCGAAGAACUUGGUCGUAUUCAGUCUCCAUUGUCUCCCAAGUCCGAGAAAAACCGGCUCAAGUUUUUAGAUGGUAUAAAUCUCAAUUGCGAAAUUCCUCUUUCUCCGUCGUUGCUCUUCUCCGGCGAUACGAGCAUCUCUGAUCCGAGCAAUUUCACUUCCUGAAUUUUCCGAAUCUGAUCCCUGAUGGAUAGUGGAACGAUAAACAUUAAGAAAUGGGUAGUGAUAUAUCCAGUCUAUAUUAACUCAAAGAAAACUGUAGCUGAGGGAAGAAGAAUCAGUGUGAGUAAGUCAUGUGAGAACCCGAAUUGCAUCGAGAUUAGUGAUUGUUGCAAGCAUUUGAAACUCCCUAGUGCCGUCGAGAUUGACAAAGCAUACCCGCGAGAUUUCAUGCAAGUAGGGAGAGUGAGGGUGCAAUUGAAAAGAGAAGAUGGUACUUUACUCAAUCCAGCCAUUACUUCAAGGAAGCAUCUGAUGCAGAAAAUUGCAGAGUUGGUACCAAGACAUCCAGAGAGAGUAAAGAAGCAGGAAGCUCAGAAAGCGAAGAAGCAGGAACCUCAGGCCACAACUUCAACCUCUGGAACUUCUUCAAAGUCAGGCAAAGGUGGCAAGAAGAAGAGAUAAAACAAGCCAAGCCCUCCCUCUCUCUCAUCAGAUUUUAUGGCUUUUAAUCUCUUUAACUUUCUGAGAAGAACACAAAGGUGUUUGCAGGUGUAACAAUGUUUCAAAUAGAACAUCGUCUCUUUCAACCCUAAGCUACUUUGUUUUCACCAUUCUACUUCUUCUUUUUGGCAUCAUCCAUUGACAUUAGACAAGAAAGAAUGCCUAAAAAGGGAACAUAAAGAUAUUGUAAUUCACCACAAUUAGUCUCACUAACCACAGCCAUAACCAAAAUCGAAAUUACA